AUGCGCGGCGCUCUCCUGGACGGCGCCGAUCUGCACGAGGCGAGCAUGCGGGGUGCAUUGCUGGAGGACGUCUCCGCGAGUGGCGCGCGGCUGGGCGGGACGCGGCUGGCGCGCGCCACUCUCUCGCGCGCCAACUUCUCGUCCGCCACGCUGCAGCUCGCCAACUUGGCGGCGGCGGAGGGUGAAGGCGCGAGCUUCGAGGCAGCGGACCUCUCCGAGGCGCGCCUCGUCUCGGCGACGCUGCGCCGCGGCGUCUGGGCGGGCGCACGCUUCGAGCGCGCCAACCUGUCGCACGCGGACCUGUCGCACGGCGACUUCCGGUCCGCCGUCUUCCGCGGCGCCAUCCUGACGCACGCGUCCUUCCGCGAGGCGGACGUCGACGCGGCCGACUUCCGAGGCGCGCGAGAGCACGCGUGUUUGGCGAGCCCUACACUUGCGCCCAGAUCCGGGCCCAGCCCCCCGCCGCCCGCGACCUAG